AUGUACCUGUUGGCAGAAAAAUUCUCGCGCUUGAACGGAUACUGGGAGCUCCAAGAAGCGCAUAGUACAGAAUAUGUUGGGAAUGGACUCGUCGAUGGUAAUGUCCGAAAACAGGACAAACUGGACAAACUCGGUGGACAGGACAAACUCGUGCUCGGCUCCUGCUUACAGCGUGACGCGAUGAAGAGAAAAUAUGAGGCGCAGAGAAGCUUUGAAUUCACGAAUCUUAUUAGUCGAAGUAGCAGUACAUAUGGUCUUUCAAUAGCAAAUUCAACGAAGGAAUGGUCAAAAAACCAAGCAGGGAGACGUAGCCAAAAGCUCGCAGUGUCAGAGCCUGCAAGAAAGAGCAUCACAAUAAAACGACGGAUGUACGUCAAGAGGCGCGAUAUUCAUUACCAGACGGAUACCAAUGAGCCAUUUUUGGUGUUUAAUACAAUUGGAAACAUCUCAAAUAUUUAA